AGUCUAGAUAGAGCCUACAAGUAGCAAAAGUGCUCUCGAAUUCGAAACUUUUGUGUUUAGUUGAGUUUAGUAUCGGACAAAGAAAGGAGGACGCAAGUCAUAUAUAGAAAUGUGUCCGUUUUUUACUACUUUUGUGCUUCUAGCACUGGUCGCUGGUUUAUUUUAUAAGUUUCUAGUAUGGAACUUUGGUUAUUGGAAAAAAUUGGGUGUCAAAGAGGGAAAGUCAUACCCAUUUGUAGGUAGUUUUCCCAGUCAAUUUACGCAGAAACGUCAUGUUGUAUACGAUGUGAAUGAUUUAUAUCAAAAAUACAAACAAGAUGAGAAUUUUGUUGGAGUAUACAAUGCUCGCACACCUCAGUUACUAAUAGUGAACCCCGAAUACGCACAUAAGAUAUUCGUCAACGAUUUCAGAAAUUUUCACGACAAUGAGUUUGCUAAUUUUGUGGAUAAAAAUAACGAUGUUAUACUCGCCAAUAAUAUUUUCUUCCUCACUGGCGAGGAAUGGAAGGAAAGACGUGCUGAAAUAACACCGGGUCUGACAGCGAAUCGUGUGAGUGCUGUUUACCCAGUUACAUUAAAAGUUUGCAACACGUUGUCAGAUUAUAUCAGAAAUCAAAUAAAAAUGGCAUCAAGAGAUGGAUUGGAAACCAAACAGUUAUGUUUACGCUAUACUACUGAGGUCGUUUCGGACUGUGUACUUGGAAUAAAAGCCAACAGCUUCUCAAACAAUCCUACUCCGAUUUUCGAUAUGACAUUGAAAGUCUUUAAACAAUCCACCUUUUUUAUUUUGUAUACUGUAAUUGCGAAUCUAAUACCGCAAAUACGUAAAAUCUACACAGCAAGAUUUUUCACCAAGGAUGUUGAAAACUUCUUCUUCGAUUUAAUGAGUACCUCCAUCGACAUUAAACGCAAAGCUAGAGAUACUACACGCUUGGAUUAUCUGAACUAUGUGCUUCAAUUGCAAGAGAAGAAAAAUUUAACGAACAUAGAACUUAUAUCUCACACGAUGACGUUUUUGACUGAUGGAUUCGAGACCACCUCUGCAGUGUUGGCACAUACUUUACUUUUGCUUGCACGUGAACCAAGAACUCAAGAGAAGCUACGGACUGAGAUCGGUAAUGAAGAACUCAGUUUUGAAAAAUUAAGUGAAUUACCUUAUCUGGAUGCCUGCGUACAUGAGGCUUUACGCUUAUUCCCACCACAAUUAGUUGCACGUAAACUGUGCACAGAAACAUAUGAAUUCGUCAAUAAAAAUGGCAACACCGUCAAGGUUCAUCCAGGUGAAGUCAUUCUAGUGCCUAUACACGCUAUACAUCAUGAUGCUGAAUACUAUGAGGAUCCAGAAGAAAUUAAACCAGAACGAUUUUUAGAGGAAAAUGGUGGUGUAAAGAAAUAUCGUGAAAUGGGUGUUUAUCUCGGAUUUGGAGAUGGUCCCAGAGUAUGCCCCGGCAUGCGUUUUGCACUCACUCAAAUGAAAGCUGCAAUUGUUGAAAUUGUACGUAAUUUCAAUAUAAAGCUUAAUCCGAAGACACGCAAAGAUAAUUAUUUGGAUGAAAUAUAUUUCAUGGCAUAUCUAAACGGUGGCAUAUGGCUAGAUUUUGAAGAGCGGAAAUGAUUUUUAUGCACUUCUUAUUAAAGCUUUAGUUUGAAAUUAAAUGAAUUAUAAAAUAAUUACUUACCAUUAUUUUAAUGGUUAUCAAUAAACUCACAAAUAUUUCCAAUCUUUUAGCAGUUAGUAGUAAAUACAACAACAGCAAAAGUUCGACCUCCUGACCCUCAGAGAGGCAAGCAGAUAAAUAAAUGUGCAGAUAAAUAA